GAGAGAUGAGCGCAAACUGGGAAGUCAGUCACUUUCUUAGACUCUUUGUCUCUUAAGACCAUGCCAAGGGUAUCAUCCUGAUCAUCCCUUCAUCAGCUUUGCCAGCUUCAGCUUCUGUAGCUGCUCACACCUCUGCCUGUCCGGAUCCCCUCCUGCUUGUGCAAUAGCGAUGGCUCCGAUGUUCCUGGCUUCAUUGGCCGCGACGGUCGUGCUCUCGGUCACGGCGCAGAUGCGCAAUGAUGACUUCCCUUUCUACGACCUUGGGACCAUUCCCGCCUGGAAAGAUUUGGGCUACUUGCGAGGCACCAAGCAUGCUAAGCCCUUUGACAAGGAGGCCUAUCACAGUGACCUGAAGCAUUUGGACAUCCCGCGCUUGUACGAGUCGAUCACAAAGCUGAUGGUCAGCAGCAAAGCCUUCUGGCCUGCAGAUGGUCCGCAGGAUGGCGAUAUCCCCAGCUACGCUGGUCUUUUCGGGCGCUUGGCGUGGCAUUGCUCCGGCACCUUCCGUCUCGUCAAUGACACGCACGCAGCUGGUGGCUGUGAGGGCGCCAGGCAACGGCACUGGCCGGAGAACGAGUGGCGAGACAACACCAACCUGGACAAGGCUCGUGGCUUGUUGGGCCAAGUGAAACAGGAGUUUGGUGCCAACAUCUCUUGGAGUGACCUCAUCACCUUCGCGGGCACUGUGGCGCUCAAGGCUUCGGGUGGCCCAAAGACGCUGCGCUUCUGCUUCGGCCGCAGCGACGAUGUGGAUGGUGCCAAGUCCAUCCCUUUGGGUGUGGAGGGCGUGCAUCAGUGUCGGGGAAGCAGGUUCUGCAAGUCCAACUUCGAGUGCCCCACCGCGUUCCACUGGCCCGAGCAGAACGAGAAGGACCAUGCUCGCUGCAACCUCACACAGCCCGACAACAGGCUUCAGGCGAGCCACUCGGUGGGCUUGAUCUAUGUCUAUCCUGAAGGUCCUGAGCUGAGCCCAACAGCCAAAGGCUACAAGCCAGAGCAAGUCCAUCAGCGCUCACCCAGGCUCAGUGCGCUGGAGGUGCGCGACACCUUCCACCGACGGAUGGGCUGGACGGAUCGAGAGACGGUGGCCUUGAUCGGCGGCGGGCAUACCUUGGGCCGUACUCACGGGAACUGCAACUUGACGGGCACCCAAUGGGGCAAAGGAACGCCCUACAACGACGUGGGCCCCUACUUCGAGGCCUCGCCGGGCACCUUGCGUGGUCCCACAGAUGGCACCUGUGGCCAUGGUGCUGCGGCUGGGCGGGGUGCCAACACCGUCUCCUCGGGCUUUGAGGGUCCUUGGACCCGCACGCCCUCGCGGUGGAACUACGAUUUCUUCCAUGCCAUGCUGGCGGAGGAGUGGGAACCUGCCAAGAGCCCUUUCGGCAACGACCAGUGGCGCACGAAGGAUCGCAAGAGCAAAUACGCCAAGACCAUGCGCCUCACAGCAGACUUGGCGCUGGUGCAUGAUGAGACCUAUGCUGCGAUUGUGGCUGUGGCGGUAGAAGAUGGUUAGGAUUGCCCCGUCAAAGAAUACGCCUCAGACUAUGCGAAGUUCGACGCAGACUUCGCAGAUGCGUGGUACAAGUUGAUGCACCGAUCACAAGCACAUCCAAAGGAGGAGGACCUCAGAAAGGAGGUUGGGGUUUGCACCAACUUUGAGUUUGUAAAGUGAUGAGUAAUUCGCAUGAGCAUUGUAAAGGCACUUGGGAACCUCUGCAUGAGUCAUGAGGUGCAAUUGUUUGACCCUUUAGACCACUUUUGUUCAGGUCCCCGAGAUUUCUCUUUCGUGCCCGUAUCUGGACAAUACCCACUUGGGCAUUUAUUGUAGCGCAUGGCUCGCAGCUCGUUUUGAGACCAGUCGCGCUGUUUGGUCAUGCAUCAUAUGGCCAUUUUCCUUGUACAGGCCCAGUAGGUGGGAUCCAGCUUCUCCAAAAGCGAGGGGAGCUGAACAGUCGAAUGGAACAAAGUCCAGGCCUUCGGCGCUUGAGCUGACACUAAAA